AGGAACGGAGCGGACAUGGGUGGCAGCGGAUGCCGGGCACCUGCAGCCUGAGUGCGGGCGGCAGGAGGAGCGGGAGGGCCUCCAGUUGACUGAACAGGAAGGUUUACAUUAGCAGAGCCGCGGUUAAAGAGAAUAGCCUACUGUCCGUUUAGCGCCUACACACACACACACACACACACACACACACAGUCACUCACUCACACAUCUUAAGAACAGCGGGAGAUGCAUUACGUCAUAGCCUCUCAUUGCCCUAGAUGACCGCGCGCGCAGGACGGGGAGGAUGCGGGGCUGCCGGACUAGAACGGUAACAGAUUCCGCUGCUGCUGACUGCGAGCCCCCGGCGGGUGUGUGUCGGCCGGUAGAGAAAGAAGAGGAGCCGCCGUCGCGCGGCCGCCGGCUCUGAUGGCUCCUCGCGCCCAGGGCGGGAAAGAGUCACAGCAGUCGCCGCGGAGCGAGGGGGUAGGGGACAGCAGGUAUCUGGGAAGUGACGUGGUGUCCGCGCCCCACAAGAAAGCAAAACGGUGCGUUUGUCGUGCGUCUCACAGGAGGGCAGGAGCGGGAAGGCGAACAUGGCCGCACAGUCCGACGGCGGCAAAGCCGGGGUCGGGUGCGGCGGCGGCGGGGGUUUCGCCCAGCUCUAUGAUGUUGACGCCGAGGAGCCUCUGGACUCCGCGGCGAUCCACAUCUGUCAGUGCUGCCGCUCUUCCGCUUGCUACUGGGGUUGCCGCUCAGCUUGCCUCGGCUCUCUGCUCGGCGGAAGUCCGCCUGCCGGAGGGGUCGGCAUCCGGGAGACUCACUGCCCGCCCCGGGAGCAGCUGUGGCUGGACUGCCUCUGGAUCAUCCUUGCCCUCCUUGUCUUCUUCUGGGACGUCGGCACGGACCUGUGCCUGGCGAUGGACUACUACCAGAGGCAGGACUACCUCUGGUUCGGCCUCACUCUUUUCUUCGUACUGGUGCCCUCGGUACUGGUCCAGAUUCUGAGUUUCCGAUGGUUCGUGCAGGACUACACCGGCGGGGGCCUCGGGGAGGUCGAGGGGCUGACCAAGCGGGGCACGGUGGUUCUGGGGUGCCUGUAUCCUGGCAGGGACCGCCUGCAGCUGGCCACUAUCUGGCUGUGGCAGGCCACCAUACACAUCCUCCAGCUGGGACAAGUGUGGAGGUACAUCAGGACGCUGUACCUAGGCGUCAUGUCGCGUCGGCAGAAGGAGCACCAGCGGCGCUGGUACUGGGCCAUGAUGUUCGAGUACGCCGACGUCAACAUGUUGCGUUUGCUGGAAACGUUUCUGGAGUCGGCGCCUCAGUUGGUCCUGCAGCUCUGCAUCAUGAUCCAGGAGAACCGAGCCGAGACGCUACAGUGCAUCUCCUCCCUAGCCUCCCUCCUGUCUCUCGCCUGGGUUCUGGCCUCCUACCACAAACUGCUCCGAGACUCUCGUGACGACCAGCGCAGCAUGAGUUACCGCGGGGCGCUGCUGCACCUCUUCUGGCGCCUCUUCACCAUCUUCUCCCGCGUCCUCUCACUCGCCCUCUUUGCCUCCCUCUUCCACAUCUACUUCGGCAUCUUCGUGGUGCUCCACUGGUGCGCCAUGGCCUUCUGGGUGGUGCACGGAGGCACUGACUUCUGCAUGUCCAAGUGGGAGGAGGUGCUCUUCAACAUGGUGGUCGGCAUUGUCUACAUCUUCUGCUGGUUCAACGUGAAAGAGGGUCGGACGCGAUACAGGAUGGUGGCGUACUACACCGUGGUGCUGGCCGAGAACAGCAUCCUGACCGGCCUGUGGUAUGCCUACAGAGAUCCAGUGCUGACCGACUCCUAUGCCGUCCCGGCACUGUGCAGCGUCUACCUGACAUUCGCAGGGGGCGUCCUGGUCAUGCUGCUGUACUACGGUUUCCUCCAUCCUGCCACUGCCCACCUCCAGCCAAGUCCCGCGUCAUCCUGCUGUGCCCAGCUGCUCUGGGGUCUCCCUCUCCCCCCGUCAGCCCCACCCACAGCCCCUCCCACACCAGCCCACAUGGCCAAGUCACAGACGGAAGAGGAUGUGGCCGAGACGUGUCUUCCCGUCUUCCAGGUGAGGUCUGCGCCCCCCACUUCUAAGCCCGAGGGCCCGCUUAUAAAGAUCGACAUGCCCAGGAAGCGUUACCCAGCAUGGGAUGCCCACUAUGUAGACAGGCGCCUGCGGAGGACUAUAAACAUCCUGCAGUACAUAACGCCAGCCGCUGUGGGCAUCCGCUAUCGUGAUGGACCCCUCCUGUAUGAACUGUUGCAGUAUGAGUCCUCACUCUGACAAACACACAAAUCAGCACACACACACACAUAUACAGACAAGUACACAAAAGCACAUGUGCACCAUAAAAAAACAUGUAUGUAUAUGUGGAUGUUCAGAUUUAGAGAAGAUUUAGAAACACAUUCAUGCACAGAAAGUCACACUUGAUAUAAGCACAUACACACACAGAAGCAAUCUGUCACACUUAUAUGUGUGCGCACACACGCGAUCACACUUACAUUCCUUACGGGCACCUGCGACCUGUGAGUCCCAUGGCCAUGACUCAACAAGCUGCUCCGGCGCGAGUCCGUCUCCUCCUCUCUUAAACCUUUUGUCACUCUAUUUAACUUUAAUCGUCCCUCACUUGGUCUCAUUUCUUUAAUUUCACAUGUGCGCGCUCCGCUGCAAAGAAAAAAAAAAAGUGAAAAUAUGAAAAAUAAGCGUAGUUUUACGAUGGAGUCCUUGACCACCGCAAGCCAUUUAUGUUGCACGCGUUCACAGGUUUAAGAAGAAUAAAAGGAUGUGACACAAUGACGGUCACUUUUAAUAAAAUGAGUUGUAACAUGUCGUUAUUAGUCUGGUCAAAAGAUAGUGUAUAUAUUUUCUAUGUACAGAGAGGAUGUUUUUUAAUCUGUUGUUAUGUUGUUGUUGGACACAUCAGUUUCUCGACAUCACUGACAAGGUUAACGGGGAGAGUGGCCGAGCAUGAUGGAAAAGAUGGAGACAAAGUGGCAGUAAUGGCAUCCAAUGCACACUCAAACAACAUUUUUUACAUUUGCAGCCUCAAUUUUAAAGAAUCUAAAAUUUUAGCUACAGUUUCUCAAAAGGACAGUUUUAGUUUAGUAGAUUUACUUGUUGUCUUGUUAAAGGCAACAAGUAAAACAUUAGCACUAGAGAGUUGAUUAGCUUAGCUUAGCUUAAAAAACUAAAAACAGGUAGAAACAGCUAGCCUGGAUGUCUUCUCCUAAAGUAUCUAGUAGCUAGCAUCUUGUCUUUUUUAAAUUAUACAAAAAGAUAAAUGUAAAAAAUAGUUUUUUGUGGGUUCAGAAAGUAGCCA